AUGAAGUACCUGCUCAGCGUGACUCUCCUCUUGGCCAUUGGCCUCCAGCAGAUCGAUGCCCAUGGAAUGAUGCUGUCCCCACCCAGUCGGUCCUCCCGCUGGCGUUACGAUGGCUCUGCUCCCCAGAAUUGGAACGACAAUGAACUCUUCUGCGGUGGAUUGUAUACCCAAUCUAACAACGGAGGACGUUGUGGUCUGUGCGGCGACAACUUUUUGGAUGGCCAGCCCCGUGCCAACGAGAUUGGAGGCAGCAUCGGUGGUGCCGGCGUUGUGACCAGGAGCUACUCGGCUGGCAAUGCCAUUACCGUUGGCGUUAAGAUCACCACCAAUCACUUGGGACACUUUGAGUUCCAUCUGUGCAACCUGGACGCCUUUGGCGGAGAGUCGGAGGAAUGCUUCAACCAGCAUCGUCUUCGUUUCGCCGAUGGCAGCGAGUCCCUGAACAUUGGCACCCAGAGGGAUGAGUUUGAUGUGACCGUCAUUCUGCCUGAUGGUGUCACCUGCGAGCACUGCGUCCUCCGCUGGACCUAUGUGGGUGCCAACAACUGGGGUAUCUGCGACAACUCUGGCAACGGAGCUUUGGGCUGUGGCCCACAGGAAACCUUCAAGAACUGCGCCGAUGUGAGGAUCCAGUGGGGUCGCAACCUGGUCAAGGAGUUGGUCGCUGGCGGUGAGCCCGUUGCUCCCAUCGAGGUGGUCUAA